AUGUCUUCUGUUUCUGACGACUCCAGCACUGCCCACCCUGACACUCGCCGAAAACAUUGCCUAUCUCAAUGCUUCCCUCCAUGGUUCGCGGCCGCACCAAUCUGGCAUAGCGGUGAAGAGGGGUGCUCAACGGUCCUAGCAACAAAUAUCCCGCAUUGUAUCCGAAGGUCGAUUCAUAGUUCUGUUCCGCCAACUUCUGACGACGAUUGCGAUUACGAGGUCGGGAACGAGAACGACCUCGUUUACUUGGCUUUGGAUAUGGGUCGCGGGCUCGGUGUUGACAAUAAAUGGACAAAUCAAAUCGAUGCGCAUCUGAUCGUGGCUUGCGAACCACUCUGGAGAGUUCACUGUGCCGACGGAACUCUCCUUUUGGAAUUGGAGGUUCAUCUUUUCGUGGUUCUCUCGACGAUGAACGAGUUCUGA